UUUAGAGAAUUCAAAUUUGCUCAAGCAAUGAUAUUUGCUAUAGAUGAGAUCAACAAGAAUCCUGACAUGCUACCUAAUGUCAAACUUGGCUACACGAUUUAUGAUAAGUGUGGAACAAUGGACAUACUGAGAGCUGCACUGGCACUGGCAAGUGGACUAAAAAGAAAAAUGAGUGAUGAGAAUUGCACUGAAAAUGAGACAGUGCAAGCUAUCUUGGGACAUUCAGGAUCAAGACCAAGUAUUGCAUUUGCACCAGUUGUUGGAAGUUUUCACAUACCUGUGAUCAGCCAUUUUGCCACCUGUGCUUGUCUGAGCAGCAGGAAAGAUUACCCAACAUUUUUCAGAACUAUUCCGAGUGACUACUACCAGAGCAGAGCCUUGGCAAAGCUAGUCAAGUAUUUUGGUUGGACUUGGAUAGGAGCUAUAGCUGUGCAUAACAAAUAUGGCCUCAACGGCAUAACUGCAUUUAUCCAAGCCACACAAGAAUAUGGAGUGUGCGUUGAGUAUUCUGAGGCAUUUUCGUCGUCAGAUCCACCUGAUAGUCUGCAGAGAAUUAUAGAUAUAAUUAAGCAUGCCACUUCUAAAGUGAUUAUGGCUUUUAUGUCUCACCGAGAAAUUAAGUUGCUGGCAGAUGAGUUGUACAGACAGAACAUUACAGGACUGCACUGGGUUGGCAGUGAUGCCUGGAUCACAGAUCAUUCUCUGACAGACAGUGAGGGACACAGCAUCCUGGUGGGAUCGUUAGGCUUUGCUGUCAGAAGAGCUCAGAUCCCUGGGUUAGAGGAGCAUCUGAGGCAGCUUCAUCCCUCUCAGUUCCCUGACAGUCAGUUUGUUAAAGAUUUCUGGGAAGACACAUUUGAUUGCUCUUUGAACCAAAUCGCAAACACACAAAGAAAACCAUGCAGUGGCUUUGAGAGCUUGCAAAAUGUUGAAUCACAAUUCACUGAUGUGUCUGAACUGAGAUUCACUAAUAAUGUCUACAAGUCAGUAUACUCAGUGGGCCAUGCUCUUGACAACCUGAUCAAAUGUGAAGAGGGUAAAGGGCCCUUUUCCAAUGGGAGCUGUGCUGAUAUCAAAAAUAUUCAGCCAAGGCAGAUCCUGCAAUAUCUCAGCACUGUGAAUUUCACCACCCAGGAAGGGGAAAGAGUUUAUUUUGACAGCAAUGGAGACUCACCAGCAAGAUAUGAACUAGUAAAUUUACAAAUGACAAGCAAAGGAACCAUGGAAGGGGUGGCAGUUGGCAUCUAUGAUGCUUCUCUUCCAGAGAGCCAUCAGUUUAUCAUGAAUAACAUCCCAGUUGUCUGGGGUAAUGGGUUGACUAAGGUGCCUGAGUCAGUCUGCAGUAACAGCUGUCGCCCAGGAACUCGAAAGGUCCUCUCGAAAGGAAGGCCGAUAUGCUGUUACAAUUGCAUACUGUGUCCAGGAGGUGAGAUCAGUAAUUUCACAGAUUCAAUACACUGUAUGAAAUGCCCCGAGUACUGGUCCAACAAGCACAGAGAUGCCUGCAUCCCUAAAGAAAUAGAAUUUUUGACAUAUGAAGGAAUCUUGGGAACUCUGUUGGCCAUAUUCUCUUUGCUGGGAGUUUUUCUGACUAUGAUCACAACAUUAGUAUUUUACUGCCACAGAGAAACCCCACUAGUACGAGCCAACAACUCUGAGCUGAGCUUCCUGCUGCUCUUCUCCAUGACUCUGUGUUUCCUGUGUUCUCUGACCUUCAUGGGUCGGCCCUCUAAGUGGUCGUGCAUGCUGCGUCACACAGCUUUCGGCAUCACCUUUGUGCUCUGCAUCUCUUGCGUUCUGGGGAAAACUAUCGUGGUGUUAAUGGCCUUCAGGGCUACACUCCCUGGCAGUAAUAUGAUGAAAUGGUUUGGGCCUACACAGCAGAGACUCAGUGUUCUGGUGUUCACUCUCAUACAGGUUUUAAUUUGCAUACUUUGGCUAACAAUCAACCCUCCCUUUCCUUACAAGAAUGUGUUGCUCCUCGAAGAUAGAAUCAUCUUAGAAUGUCACCUUGGCUCAGCGUUAGGUUUCUGGGCUGUGCUGGGAUAUAUAGGACUACUGGCUAUUUUAUGUUUUGUGAUUGCUUUUUUGGCACGAAAGUUGCCAGAUAAUUUCAAUGAGGCAAAAUGUAUCACCUUUAGCAUGUUGAUAUUCUGUGCUGUCUGGAUCACCUUUAUCCCAGCUUAUGUCAGCAGUCCUGGGAAGUUCAGUGUUGCUGUAGAGAUAUUUGCUAUUCUGGCUUCAAGUUAUGGACUUCUCUUCUGCAUUUUUAUGCCAAAAUGUUACAUAAUUAUGUUAAGGCCUGAGCAGAAUACCAAAAAACACAUAAUGGGAAAGACAUCUAAGAUAUAG